CUUUACAGGGUUCGGCCUUGGUUUGCUGCAGGGCGAGUACUGGCGCUAACAAAGAGAGAGAAAGAAAAAAAAUAGGGCUUUAAUGGCUGGCGGCCAACCAGCCUAACAGCCCUGCCUGCCUGCCAUGACGCAGACUGCCCCUGGUCAUGAUUAACCCUAGCAGCCUGUAAGGACUCCUCUAGCAAGGAGAGCUGUAUCGGACCCAGCCGUGUCAGUGUUGGCUUGUUCUUCGGUAGUGCGUCGACGACAAACUAUGGCAGCCCGCGGUGCAGAAACGCGCUCAUUACCCGCGAAGGUCUCUCCGGUUCCGCCGCGCCCGAGCCUAAGUCCUUCCGCUGCAGCUGUUCUCGAAUCUGCCGCUGCCUACGCGGACAGAUUGGCAUUAGCACGGUCUUGGAUGGACCCCAAUUUAGUAAUGAGCUCCACUGAUUCAAAUUUCAACCAUAAAAUUGGAGGUAUACCCUGUGUAGCAGCUACCUCUCGAUACACAGCUCCAGUCCACAUUGACGUCGGAGGAACAAUCUAUACUUCAUCGUUGGAAACCCUCACCAAACAUCCCGAUUCUCGUCUUGCACGGAUGUUCAACGGAAGUAUUCCGAUUGUCUUAGACACCUUGAAGCAGCAUUAUUUCAUAGACCGAGAUGGCAAGUCGUUUCGUCAUAUAUUGAACUUUCUUCGAACCAAUACACUUCCGGUUUCAGAAGAAUUCAGAGAAUUGGAUCUUUUACUAGAAGAAGCCAGAUUCUAUGACAUACCGCCACUGGUUAAAAUGUUGGAGAGCCUCAAGAAAGAGAAACAUCGUAAGAAACAGAGUAAUAAUUGCCAUUCCAAUUCCAACGAUAACCAUUACGAUGAUCGAAGAACGACAAAUUACGAUGACAAAAACAAUGACAUGGGCUUUCAAUGCCUGGCUCUUAACGUCAGUCCUGAUCUUGGAGAACGAAUAACGAUUAGUGGGGAGAGGUCUGUAGUGGAAGAAGUUUUUCCUGAGAUUAGUCAGGCGCUAAUGGAUGCUCGCAGUGGAGUAGCCUGGAACACAGACUCUAAACACGUCAUCAGAUUUCCGUUAAAUGGUUACUGUAAACUAAACUCACUUCAAACAAUUACACGUCUUUUGAAUAACGGCUUCAAGAUCAUGGCGUCCAACGGAGGCGGUGUGGAAGGUCAGCAAUUUAGCGAGUACCUUUUCGUACGAAAGCAUUUUCCCAUUUGAAAAUAUACUGGUGUUCGAAACCUCUGGAUGUUGAUCUACAAAAUACAUUAAAAAAAGUGUGAGAUUCUGAAAAUUCGAUACGGAAUUAAUAUUACGUUGAUAAAUUUAAAGGACUUGGAGUUACUAGCAAUCAACGUUACGGAUGAUUUUGAUGGUGCUAUCAGAUAGGUCCUAACUCAUGACCUUGAAAUUGUUUUAGUUACCUUACUAAUCAGCAUAGUUAGUAUUUAUACAUGUGUGUCAUCUUCAACUCCUUUUUUUUUUACUUUAAAAGUAGUUCCUUCUUGAUCAGAUGCCAGUCACUCGCCAAAAAAGUGACAUCGUAAAAGCUUUGUAUGUGUGUGUGUGUCUGUGUUUUAUAAGAGUCUUGGUAAAAAAAAGCGGCAUCCUCUGGAGUUCAUUUAGAAUUGAUGAAUAACUUGUUUGACGCUUAUUUUCGCAAAGAGAGAGAGAGAAAGAAGUGUUAUAUUAAACUAUUUCUCUGAAUACACAGCCGAUAUUACACAUUAUAUCAGUUAAAAAGGUUUCCAUCCCUACUUUCAACCAUUUUUUUAUUCAAAGUUUUCAGUUCUUUGUCGCAUAAAAAAGGUGAUAAAAUCUUCUAAUAGAACUCUUUUUAUGUUCCGGACGAUAAAAAAAGUGUUGAAAUUGAUUAUUAAGAACACCCAGUUUCUGCUUAUGUGUGUGAAGAUACACCAAAACAGGAAUGUUAAGUGGAAACAGAAUAGUCAUUAUUCUGAAGUAAAAGAGCACAUGGAAUUGUCUCUUUAA